CUUGUGCAGACUCCAACACAGUAGGUGGUGAUAAUGCACCAGAGCAACCCGCCAUAAAACCAAGACGAUUUUUAAAGAUUUCUUCACGAUGUAAGCAAGAAUGGCUGCGAUAGCAAGCUUUCAGGUUAAUCAACAGAGCUAUCAGCUUCUACAGUUUAUUCACUCUCAGACACAGCGACUUUUGCAGCAAUAUGAAACACAGCGGAAUCAAAUGGAUAUGGAUUUUCUCUAUACUCGUUUCGAAAAUCUCCUUUCUAUUCUUGAAAGAUGUAGCCAAAAUGGUGUUUUAACAGAAAUUGAUGACAUACUACACAGCAUGCAAAGAGUAUUGUACUUGUUGCAAGCCCAAACUCAUGCAACUCAUGGAUUUAGGCCUGCCAGGAUCAGAACUGGAGACAGAGGAUGCCCAUACUGGGACAUUUCCCCUGAGCAGUUGGAAUACCUUUUGGAAUUUAAUUUCACAGUAAAGCAAAUCGCACAAAUGUUUUGUGUAAGUUAUAGAACAAUAAGAAGAAGAAUGUCUGAGUAUGGCUUGUCAGUAAAAAUGUAUUACAGUGACAUUACAGAUGAGGACCUCAGACAACUUGUUUGUCAUUUCAUCAGAGAAUGUCCUGACUCCGGAAUAAAGCGAGUCAGUGGAUACCUCAACAGUGUUGGACUGAGAGUUCAGCGGUCCCGAGUAAUGGAAACGCUAAGAACAGUAGAUCCAGUGGGUACAAUAUGUCGUGGACUUGGAAUAAACAUUAUACAGAGAAGAGUCUACUCUGUUCCAGCUCCCAUGGCAUUAUGGCAUAUUGACGGAAACCAUAAGUUGAUACGAUGGAGAAUUGUGAUCCAUGGGGGGAUAGAUGGGUACAGUAGAAAAGUCAUGUUCCUGCAUGCAAGUGACAACAACAGAGCCUCGACUGUUCUGUCUUUAUUUGUUGCUGCUGUGCAGCUCUUUGGGGUACCUAAAAGAGUUCGUAGCAAUAAGGGUGGAGAGAAUGUUGAGGUGGCACGCUUUAUGCUUGAGCAUCCAGAUAGAGGAACAGGAAGUUUUAUUACCGGACGCAGCGUACACAAUCAACGAAUUGAAAGACUUUGGAGAGAUGUUUGGUGUGCAGUGACAGUUAACUAUCAUUCUGCACUCCAACAUCUCUCCAGUGCCGGUGCUCUGAAUCCUGACAGUGAACUUGAUAUGAUUUGUCUUCAUUAUGUGAUGCUUCCAAGAAUCAACAUGCAUAUCCAGCUCUUCAAGCAAGCAUGGGAUCGGCAUGCGAUUUCCACAGAGCAUGGGAGGUCACCACAGCAGCUUUGGAUUGAAGGACAGUUACAGAACAUGGAUCAAAUUUGUAACCCACUUUCUGAGCAGACAUAUUUGGAGGAGCACAGCAUUGACUGGGAGGGACCAACACCAGUGGACAGUGAUGACAUUAUUGAAGUUCCCCCACCACCUGAAAAUCUGCACAGUGCUGUUUUUCAGUUUCUUCAAGAAAGAGUUGAUCCACUUGGCGCUAGCACUUGCUUUGGAAUUGACAUUUUAUUAGAGACAUUACGGAUGUCAAGGGAGCAGUUUGAUCAUUUUUAACAUGCAUUUAAGGGAAGGUUACCAUAGCCUAGUCUGAACAGACACAAUAAUUGCAGCAGUAUGUAUUGUGAAAAUCUGUAAAUAAGUUGAUUAUUAGACUACUCAAUACUUUUCUAUAUGAUGUUAAAAAUAAUUUCCUUAAGUAGAUUUUAAAUAUACCAUCUUUAAUUUCCUCUGUAAUUUGCUCUGGUAAUAGUUUUUUUUAAGUACAAAAACGUAACACAAAGGCUUUACUAACACUGAUUUAAAAACAAAUGGAUUUAUUGAUUAUUAUCAAAACAAUAUUUUGAAAGUGUUUGAAAUUUUAAAUCAAUAUUGUAAACUUUAAAUGCCUUAAUCACAUAAUUAGUUUUGAAUCACGCAUCUUCUGACGUAUGGUCUGACGUCAUGACGCACGAGGUCAGCGAUACGGUCUUUCAACCACACACCGCUUUUGCUUUCCAAUCAGGGAAAUUUCCUAUGUAACAAAAUAGCGCUAUUUUAUCAUGAGUUUAAUCCAUUUGACCGACUGUGUUGUUCAGUGUGUGUGUGUGUGUGCGUGCGUGUAUAUAUAUAUAUAUAUAUUAGCAUUGAAUGUUUGUCACAAGUAUUUAAAAAGUGUUGUUGUGCUAAGUUAGCAAUUCACCCAGUAAGUUUCAUAUCGGUAGGCAUACAGUAUAUGUAAACUGAUUGAGGUACAUUGAUCAUUUAUUGACUGAUUAUAUGUUAGUAAUUGUGUUCUGUGUACAAGCUUUGCCUUACUGCAAAGCUUUCAAUAUUAGUAUCUCUUUAGUCUUUUCUCAGGAACUCAAGAAACUUUCUUAAGGCCGACUUACAACCCAUGACUGCCGUCAGGCUGAACUAAGCCUGACAGGUUGGGAAAGACAUCUGAAACCUGAAUUGUCUUGACAUCAGAAAAAUGAGUGAACUGAUCAGAUCACUGAAACUGCGGUGAGGGUGCUACAAAUACCCUGACACACCGGUGCGAGGAGAAUCAUCUCAUCCUCAAAGAGAAGAUGACAGAAGACGAGACAGCAGUGGUGGUCUUCAGGGGACACACCACCACCAACUCCAUGACAGUGGAGGGAGUCAGCCACUUCAGAUUCCCUGACGUUUACAUAAAAACCUCACAUGGGUGAGGGUGAAAAAGGCCCAGCAAUGACUCCUCUCUUUAUUUUAGAGAUAACUGAUGAAGUAUGGAAUAAGCUCUGCAAUCAUUAGACAGACCUCAGCAUAUACUCACAACUCCACUGAGCAAAAAUAGUUAUAGUUUAAUAAUGUAAUAUCAUAUAUUCAAAUCAAGUCAAAAGUUUACUUCACCUUUGCAGAACCUGGAAAAUGCAGAACAUUUGGGAAAAAUAAGAGGUAUUUUGAAAGAUUUAUUUUUAACUCUUUCCUGCCCUGCACAACUUAUUUUGCAAAAGAAAUGUUAACCCAAAGUUCACUUCACACCAAAGAAUAAUAAAAGAAAUACAUUACUACAUGAAACAUAAGAUUCACAAACAAAACAAUAUGUACAUCAAAAAACAUUUUCAGAGGUUUACACCCACCUGACUUUAAAUGAAUGGUGUUGACUUCUUGAACAUCACUGACGGUUUCUUUCGGUUGUAAUAUUUGUGUAUGAUCGUCCUCAAUGUAAAAAGAUGAAUCUCAACAACGUACAGUUACUGUUGGACAUAAGUCAAAUAUACAGAAAUAAUGAAAACGUUUUUUUUAUAAUACUAAAUUCAAACUUUACUUCUGAAUUGUCUGGAACGCAGAAUAAGGUGAGUUAGAUUCGGGUUACAGCUUCACUCUGCAGGACUGUGACCCUCCAGGGCUGAGUUGGACACAUUUAGUCAUUUAGGAGACGCUUUUAUCUAAAGUGACUAACAGAGAAAAAAGCAGGAAAUGAAGCUAUAUGUCAUGCAUGUGCAAUAAUACAGUAAAUUUUUUCCACAAAAGCCAGAUUUUUUGUUUUUAUGUAUUUAUUUCGUUGUAAAGUAUUGUCCUGGUGUAUACCAUUAUGAAUGCUUCAUGCGGUCAAUAAAAUGUAUAUUAAAUAUAUUUAUAACUAUU